UUUCAGUUUAAUAUGAGCGAAAAUUUCAAAGCGUUUGAAAAUUUUGUCCUGUUGGUGUUUAUCCAUCAAGUUAUUUUUAUAAAGUGAUAAAGUGUUUGGUAAUCUGUGUACAUUUUAAUAAAAAGUUAAAUAGAAAACGUUGAACAUGGAUCGUUAUCGUAGUCUAUAUAAAGAAAAUUCCGCCAUGCUGAGUCCGGCGCAACACAAUCGGACAAAUCGAGAACUGCAUAAUGCAAAUCGCGCCAAAAAACGUAGGCAAAUUUUUGAAAGUGGACGGAAUUUCGAUGUGAGCCCGACGCCCAAAAAAUCGUUUGAAUGCGAAAACCGAGUAGAUAUUAAGCAAAAUAAAAUAUCCUUUGAAAAUAAAGAAAAUCUAGAUAUGGUUGACCAAAUCUCAACUGCCGUGAAAUGCAAUGAGACAAAAGGUAUUGAUCAGACAGAGAUCAAUAAGUCACGUAUAGCGUUGGUAGCGUCGGGUAAAACACAAACUGAGAAGUCUACGCGACAAGAAACAUAUUUGUUGAAAUUCAUACAAUGGAAAGAAGCGCACAAACAAAAAGAGCAGAAGAGACUUGAACCAAAAAAACGACCUUUUAUACCCUGCGGCGGAGCUGGCGGCAGUGCAUUUAGUGAUGGAGGCAGACCGGUUACAGCACUCGCAAAUAAAGUGAAAAGCAAAGAAAUUGCAACAUUUGUACCAAAAGAUCAUAAAACAUUUAAACCACCUAUGGGUCUAAAAAAUCCAGUUUCUAAAAUGACUCCAGCUGCUAAAAGAAUCUUUGAAAAUGAUAGAAAGUCAUUUUACACUGCUGUGCCAACACCACCAAGAAAUAAGCUGGAUAAUGCUACAAAGGCAGAUGUCAAAAAGCCAUCAACAAUUAUUAAAACCCCGGCUAUUUCUACUUUGGGGAAAAUGAAUCCGAGUGCAACGCCAGCUACAACGUCACUGAAAGCAAUAAAAAAUGCUACAAUUACCAAGUCAACGAAUACAAAAACUGCGAAAAUACCACAGACUGUAGCUAAACCUACAGCAAUAAUCGCGCCUAACAAAAAGUGUCUUACAUAUCCAAGCAAUAUAGCAACUCAAGCAUCUGCUGCACAAAAACCCGCUUCGAAUGCAAAUCAAAAGUUGCAUACAAACGAAGAUUUUAAGAAGAACGCUGUUGCCAAAACCAACAAUGGUGACACUGUUAAGAAGCCUUUUAUAAAUCGUAUAAAUAAUGCAAUAAAAUUUGCACGUCCGCAGCCGGUAAAAGUUUCUGGUACAUUACCCAGGAAACCACUGACAAAUCCUCGAGCAACAGCAACAAACGCAAAAAUGCCUAAAGUCGGUACAACAGUUGGAAAUACGGGGGCUAUAGGAAAAGCACAUCUGCUUCAAAGCAAACGGAUUAUGACCGAAUCAAACGAACGACCAAAUAUACAACGCAAUGCGAAAUUGGCAACUAAUUUCAAAGCAAAAAAGACUCAGGUUUCAACAUUGAACCGUCCAACAGCCCCUAACAAAAUUACCAUCAAAGGUAAAACAUUACUGGGUGGUAUACGUACUUGUACCACGGACACGGCAUUCGCUAUUGCGGAAACGCCAACCGAUUUGUUAAAUAUCAAUCCAUUUCAGCCAUUUGUUACAUCGACGCGUGUCAAAUCGCUGUCACCACAUAGUGCCAAUGCGCCCAAUAUAAGUCCUGUUAACUCCGAAACGGCUGUUCAUAAUAAUAAAAAAGAAACCGAGUCUAAUCAUAUCCGAGUCCAUAGUUCAACUUUAGCCAAACGUGCGCUGCUACAGAAUACAGCUAAACAAUUGCCACAAAAUCAAAUACAAAAGAACAAAUUUAAUUUUGUACGAUAUUCGGUUGGGGUGUCAGAUCUUGAAAGUGAUUCAGACACAGGCGAUGUAGAAAAGGAAGAAAAUGAUGUUUUAUCCAGCAAUCAAAGACUGCAAACUACUGUUUUGGAAGCACAAUCAAAAGACUCAAACGAUGAAGGCCAUAUGACAUUGGUUCCGGAAAAUGGAAUAAAUUGCGAAUCGGCUGAACCGAAAACUCCACCUAUCGCAGAAACGGAACGCCCGUUAAACUAUAUCAGCUCAUUUGUUUCUGUCUCGCGUGGUAAAGUUAGUGCGCGUAAGGAACGUGAAAAACGCGACAGUAUUUACCUUCCAAGUACAGAAGACACUUUGUUAUCUACGACAUUGACAAAGACCGAAGAAACCAAUAAACCAGAAACGCCGGGCAAAUCAUCAGCAGUCACACCAGUUAGUAUUGAGGCCCGACGUAUACUUGAGGCGGUGCGUUAUUUCCGGUUACAGCUGCAAAACGAAAUCGAACGCUUACAUGCUUCAUGCGACCAAUGGGAGGAAUACAAACUCCAAAAUUUACAGCUUUUACAAAAGACCGGUGGCGAAGACAUGAUCAACGUUACCAUUGGACAGACAAAACUGCUAACAAGCAAAAAGUUUCAACAAUUCAGAGGGCUAAUUGAUCGUUGUGAAAGUGGUGCGAGGGGUACCGCAGCUGCUGAUGAUGGUAGCGAAGAUACUAAGCUGAUUACCGAUGUUGAUUUGGAAGGCUUUUGGUCUAUGUUAAAUUUGCAGGUGGACAAUGUGGAGAAGCGUUUCGAAAAUUUGGCACGUUGGAAGGCAAAUAAUUGGUGCGAUCCGGACGAUGUGGAAGAAAUCAAACAGGACAAGACAAAAGCCAAGCCGAAAUUGAACAAAGUGAAAAAGGCAAAGGCCCCGGUAAAAACAGCAAAAGCCAGUAGUGGUUUACAGGCAAUGUUGCGGAAAAUGCACGCAGAGAUGCGUAAAAACAAAGAAACUGCCGUUGCACCAGUCGGAGACAAAGAUGGUGUCACAAUGGUGUUAACACCAACGCGUCAACGUCAACGUCGCUCUCAAAGUGGCACGCCGAAAAUGGGUUCGGCUAGUGAGCGCAAUAGUACACCGCGUCGCGUUUCAGUAGUCGUACGCGAUCGUAAAUCUUUAUCAGCUGCUGCAACAGUUAUUAGUUUGCCAGCGAAUAGUGAAGUAAUUGCUGCUGCAGCUGCGCACCGACGUCUUUCACGCAUCGCGGCAGAAUCACCAAAAACUAUUAAGGCAUGUGGCAAUGAAUUGCGCCGCAGUAUUAAUAGCAUGGAAAGAGCGUUUGCUGGCAGCAGUGAUUUAUUGCGUAACGCUCUUACCGGGAAUACAUAUAAAUCUCGUCGUAGUGGUACCCCAAAUUUCAUCGAAUUACCACUCGAUGCGGAUGUUGUGAGCAAAAAGUCGAAGGUGCCUACACCCACGCAAACACCACCACCUGAACCAGCUGUGCAUGUUGGUCGAAAAUCUAUCCUUAAGACACCUGGCACGGCUAAGGGUAAACCGAAGAGUGUACUCUUUAGUGAGAAAUUACGUGUUAAAAAAUUCAAAUUUACAACAGAAGAGGAUGAUUCUAGCGAAGAUGAAGAACAUCGUAUGCAAACUAGCACAGAAGAGCCGCUAGACGAUCAACGCACUUAUUCCUUACGUACGCGUAAAGUUGUUCUACGUCCAUCAAGUGAAUUUGAAAUCCCCAAAGCUUAAAAUUUUUAUAAUUUACUUUUCAUUUGGUAUUAGAUUGUUAGUUAUAGAACUGUUUCAAGUACAUUUGUUUACUUUUGUAGCGCAUAAUAUGUCAAUUUUUAUAUAUAUUUGAAUUAUUUAAAUAAAUACGAAUAAACAUUCCGUUUCUAUUCACUUGUUAUAAUACGAAAAA